AUGAGCUGCACAAGGAUCAGCGGUGCAGUCAUCGUUUUUGCCUUGCUCUUCGCCCCGUUAUUGCUCAUGCUCUGCCUUCCCCUUGCCUGCGCUCGCCAUGUGGUGGCGCUGGAGGCCAAAGAUGGCCUGAACAUCGGAGGAGGCCGGCAUGUGGAUGUGGUUGGUGAUGACGCAGGAAAGGCUGUCCGCGUCUCGAACCACGGCGGCUCACGGCCAGCGAGGACGGUGGAGUUGCCCGCGGCGAGGAGGCACCGGGUGGACGCGGCGGACGAGUUGCACGACAUGCUGAGGAGGGACUACGCGUGGAGGGCGAGGCGCCGCAAGCCCAUCCACAACGACGAGCCACGCGACGAUGAGCCCUGA